CCCAAUUUCGCGAACUAAGUUACUUUGUUUUAGCCCUCAGCAUACAACCUCCCGUUGGCUUGAUCGCCUCAAUCUCUCGAUAGUAUUACCAGUAACCCUUUCCUACAUUUCUCCCACGCUCAAUCUGUGCUUUGACCAGCCACUUUUUUCGUCCUGUAUGCAUUGUGUCACAUUCCUGGUCGUGGUUGUAGAAAUUUCCGAGAAGACACACCCAAAUUUCUCAAUAUUGUCAAUGUGAGCAUUUCCCGAAGAUAGCUAGCUGACUAGCUCGGAGAACCGACAGGAUUGCGAUUUCCUCGCCACUCUAAUGGCGUCGAGUUAUUCGCCGUGAGUUGUUUGCACCGGCAAGGCCUCAAGGGCAGGUACGCGGCGGAGAUUCUGAAGUACAUGUAGUUUUUGUAGAAAGGAUAGUCCAUGAAGACGUUUCGGAGGCAUACCGAGGAUGUUGGUCUAGCCCGUGCAAGGUGCUAAUAGAAUGCGGAGCAUAGGACGACGGACUUGUCGAUCCUCUUGCUGGACAUCGGGUUUCAUCAGCCGAUCAUCUUCCGCAGGAACAGCAACGCCUGAGAGUCGGUCCAUGUCAACGUCUCUGCUCCGGCUAUGGUGGUGCUUAGUGAUUUGUGCGUGUCGCUUUGUGACGAUAACCAACUCGCAAACUCUGUCGCAUCCCGCACCGGCAUGGAGAAUGACGCUGGCACGUUAUCGCCAGGACAACGGGCAAGCGCUAUUAGACUUUGACGAUGGACUCCUCAGCAUCGUCUUUUCAGCCAGCGUUCCCUAUCCGGUGUGCACUAACUGGGUUAACGAUCAUGCCGCGGAGUUUGUUUGUCGAAGUCAAGGUUAUGACGGUGGCACGGUGUAUUAUAGACGACGGAUGACAUUACCAUCAAACGCGACCAGCACGGGGUUGUACGUUGGUGCAAAGGUUAUGUGCAAUUCAACAGGAUGUUUCAACGCGUCUGUCACACCUCUGUGUCAGUCUCAGUUCUCUCCCUUCGUACGCUGCUCUUCCGCAAUGCCACCUGGGCGUCCGUAUCGCAUUGUUGGAUCUGGCCAUCCUGAUCUUGGUCGUCUGGAGCUGCAGGAGUCAGGCCGCUGGAAUGCUAUGUGCAGAGACACAGUAGACGGGUUCUCUAUGAACCUGAUGUGUUUGGCACUGGGCAUGAACGGCCUGCACCACCUAUUCAGCAUGAACAGCAACAGCGCUAAUUUCUCCACCAGCAGUAUCAGUAAUGGGACGUCGAAGACAGGACUGCGAAGCGACGCUCUGAGCACCACCACCACCAACCCAGCCACCAACACCGUCACCAUCAGCAGCAGUAGCAGCAUCACCGAGGGCAGCACCUCAUUGUCGCAUCUCACACCGAGCGUUUCACUAGCGAAACCUAUUACGGACAGUAGCAGCGACAGUAAUGCCACCCAGCCGCCACUUAUUGCGAGUUCCCGGCACAUUCUCUAUGACGAGCUACGUCUAAUGGGCCCAAGUGUCAAGGAAGGCUGGGUGAUGAUGAAGGUCAACGGUUGGUGGAACGCACUCUGUAAUCGCGGUUGGAAUCAGUAUGCUGCAGACCUAGUGUGUCAUGCAUUGGGAUUUCAGCAUGGAUCGGAGUCACUGGGCUCUCAUACCAUGGACUCUGACCUUAUAAGGUACUCACCAGAAUAUCACGGCAUAAUCUGCCCGAGCACUGCACGCCAGCUCACUGACUGCCUGGAGCCGGCAGGCAGCUCCGACUACUGCACCGCGCCAAAGAAUCACAACAAAGCAAGCGUCUGCUGCAACGUCACCGGCUCAAAUUCACUACGCUUAUCCCAUCACAGGCAUGGCAUCCCAUCGAUCUCGAAUCCGCCUCUCUACUUCUGCCUGCAAGCGUUCAAUGAGUUCCACGCCAGCUUGCUGUGUAGAGAGCUAGGGCUGACUGGGGGCAGACUCACCGAGAAAGGAUUCUCACCAUCUCUCCUCACCUCGCCAAUUCAGACGCACGCCAUUGGGAUUGUGUCAUGCCCGAACACGGCGCGAGUGCUGAACGAGUGCAUGACGGCCACCCUGGACACGACCCAGUGCGCCUACUUUCCCAACAUUGUCUGCAAUGAGGAGAGUACGGCAAAGCCGAUUGGCACAAUGGGAUUACUAAACAGCGAUGCUGCAGCUCCAAACACCGAAAUGAGCUAUGGCCGCCUGCUCCUGACCAUUGAGGGCAUCAGCGGUACUGUGUGUGCGCCGUCCGCGAACUACUCCUGGUCAAUGGCGAGUGCCAACAUUGCUUGCGUACAGCUGGGUUACAAGGACGGUGCACACACCUGGACACGGGCGAGAGAUGAUCCCAGAUUUCCAUCAGAUGACCUGAAGGUCUAUCGCACGUACCAGAAUAUCCUGUGCGAAGGUACGGAGCGCAGCCUGUUCCGAUGCCACUUCCAGCCGUUUGCCAGCGACGUGGACUGCGACCAUGGCGAUGACGUCAUACUGCACUGUCGCAUACGGCCAUCACAGCCAGGUGAUCCUGGAACCGGGUCAUCGGAACGUCCGACAAACUCUUCCUCAUUGCUGCCAGCGUUCUAUCAAGUAGCUCUGCCUAUCGUUAUCAGCUCAGUGGUACUGGUUGCUUGUGCCACCGUGAUGGUACUGCAUUCGCGGAGGAAAACUGAAGUUGUCAGCAGCCUGGGUGACAGCAGCUUGACUGAUCGCAGCAGAUCAGGAAUCAGCUCCAGCAGCAGUCCGGCCAGCCACAUUGAACUCAGUGCAGACGAGGCCCUGGCCCCACCUAAGCACCGCGGCUCUUGGGUGAGGAGUAUGGUGGGCCACCUGAACAGCAUCGGCUCCAGCUCCAACUCGUCCACCGGCGGCACCACAUCGCCGGUUCAAGGUCCCGUCUACGCCAUGGUCACGCACGGCAGCAAGAAGCCCGGGCACAGCGGCAACCGGCCGAGCGAGUCGCGCACCGAGCAGACGUCGCUGUCGCCGAGCUCCACGUGCGCCACCGUGUACUCCAUUGACAUGCUACAGCAUCCGGCCCUGCACUCGGCCGUGUGCGGUGCUCUGGUGCCCGACCUUGCCACGCUGGCCUGCAUCGAGGACGUGACGGACGAUGCCACCACUGCCGCCACAGCAGCCGCACACCAGCAGCAGCAGCAGCAGCACAGGCAGCACUCGGCGCGCGCCAGGACCAACAGCCGCUGCGCAGUGCGCGAGCGCUGCGCGUCACUGCCGUCUCACUUCCACCGUCCGUCCACUCCGCACCCGCGCAAGGACAGGACGAGAACUGACUUCGAGUGGCCCAGUCCAGGCGCUGAUGCCACCGCGGAUGGGAGAGAUGGUCGUCCAAAGCGCGCCGUUAGAAAUAGCAGCGGUGGCUCUGGCGGCGGUAUGUUUGCUACUGUUGCUGCUGUCGGCACUGCUUCGAGUGGCGUUGGUGCCGCUAGCGUUGGCACGACUACUGCCAAUGGUGGUGUUGGUGGUGGUAGUGGUGGCGUUGCUGUAACCACCAGUAGUCGCAGGAGCACCGGUUACGCCGUCUGCAGCAGGAACGGGAGUACCAGCGCUGCUGCCACCACCGCCAACGGAGGUGCGUGUGCGGGCAGCGGCAGUUUUUCCAAUCCAGCCACCGGUAACGGUGGUGGUGGUGGGGGUAUGAAUAGUGGCUCGGCGGCUGACUCUCCCAAUCCGCACUUCUCACAGCUGAUCCGGACGUACAGUCAGUCAGCGGAGAACCGUUCCAUACACAGCGAGACCAUCGUGUACCGACGUGCGGUGUCGCCCAAGCUGCCUCGUAGACCUCUGAGCUGCCGAGCGUAUCCUCACCAAUACCAGCCACAUCAGCAAUCACACCACCACAACCAGCAUCAGCAGCAGCUUAACUUCCCCGUUCACAUGCACGGAAGCAGCUCUGCUAUCGACGUGGGCGGUGCAGGCUGCCGGCCUUGGUCGUCCAUCGGGUCAAUAGUAUCUGCCGGGACCCAGUCACGAGACGGCUACCGGGUUAAGUCGCAGUCAUCGCAGCCGCCGGAAGCGUUCAACGGCGAGGAAGACGGCACGGGACCGCCUGCCUAUCAGGAGCGCGUCUCGCAGUUUGCCAGUGCCCGCGAUAUGACCCUGAUGUCAUUCAGCACCCUGCCGUGCGACGACAACCAGGACGUGUAUUACUCGCCGGUGGUGUCGGAGAACGAGAUUGACCCGCGCUUCCAGCAGCGCGAGACGUCCACGGACAGCUCCAUUGGCAUGCACGCCAACGUGUUCUUCGGCCCCGCGUCCUCGGCGAGCUCCUCCACGCACAACAUCGCGCCCGGCUCCGUGCCGCGCGUGGAGAGCAACCCGCUGCUGAGCACCUUCCUGCAGAAGCACGUCUACGAGAAUCGCAUGUACGUGAACACGGUGGGCAGCGCCGCGGGAAGCAUGUGCGGCGUGGCAUCCAUCGCCAGCAGCAACGACCUUGACAUUGGUCAGCGUGUUUCGCCGCCGGCGCCGAUGGGCAACGACAUGGUGCGGAUGAGCACGAUGACCGACAUGGUGGAUAUACCGGCGCUCGUCUUGCCCACAAACGAGUACCUGCAGUCGAGUUACGACGACGGCGGCGUCACCCCGCCCGUCUACUCACCCGAGCCCGUGACCAGUGGGGGUGCCAGUGCCGCUGCUGCUGCUGCCAACGACAGCGUGGCGAUGGGUCUGCAGCGGUGCUUCCAGAGCCCGCGCUCCGUCCUGUCCACCGCCACCUACAUGCUGCAUAAUAGCCCACGGCCUGGCGAGUCGUCGUCCUCCAGCGAGGGUGGAGUGAGCUUGGAUGGCGAGGUGUGCAUUCCGCCGAGCUACUCGCAUGCCCGCGGCCUUGGCCACACAGGCUCGCCGCGCCUUUCCCAGCCGAGAUCGGAAGCCAGGUCCAGCAAUAAUGCGACCGAGGAGCGUCGCAGCAGUGCACAUGCACCUCGCUUCCCGGUGCUUCUGACGUGCCCCCACACCGAGGGUCUGGAAACGACGCAGGAAAUACAGCCGACGGCAUCGUUUCACAGCGGUCGGCUGCCGUUCUGGCCGGACAUGGAGAGCGAGAUUUAGCGCAAGGAGCUCCAGAGAAUUGCUACCUGUCCGACAUGCAAUGGCGCCCUUCGAUGCCAACACACACCCAUCGUCGCAUACCCGAUGGAAAAUGCACCGAUCACCAAGCUGGAGCACCCAUCACCACCCAUACUUUAGACCACAGCGGAAAGCCAGCAUGCUCACCCCAACUGAGACAUCUUUCCGGCACACCAUGUUUGAAAUCCUCCUGGGGAGCGAGCUACGCACUUCUCCGGUGCUCUUGAUGUCUGGAUGGCUUCCAUCAUUCGACCAAUGGUCACAUCGACACGUUUAGCUGCUGGGCCAAUCCCACAGAUGCAACACACCAUAUGCCUGAGCUCCUAGUCAAUCCCACCAAUGCAACACACUAUAUGGCUGAGCUCCGAGCUCAGCCCACCCACAAUGGCUAUAUCCCAUGCUACAACAGCACAGUGAUGUAUUGGCAGUCCGGCUGCCUACACUGCUGUUAGCCAUCACGGGGUUGGUGCAACAAGCAAGCAGCUGGUCUGACUUCCCCCCCACGAGCAGGACAAGAACACGGAAUUUGAAGGAAAAUGGACGGAUUGGAAUUUCAACUGUUCCCGCGCUGAUUCGGGCAAGACACAUCAUGCUGCACUCCCGAAUAUCCAAACUCACUCACGCGUAUGACCAAUGGUGCAAUGGCCCGGAAAGGGCACCUGUGUUGAAAUACGUCAUUUGGAUCUCACCAAGCGUGACUUCGUCCACUGGGAAUGUGCCGACACUUCUGCGAAUCAGCUUGCAGGUAAUUGCCCUGUGUAGCUCUGAAACACUCUCACCCCCUCUUCUCCCCCACCCCAGACACGUGCACACACAAGCUUGCACACGAAUACAUACCCGCGUUCAUGCAUAUAUGCAUACCUAUACACACACGCACACAUGCACAAUUGAAUCAGUUAUGAAAGAGUCAUGAACCAAACAUGCCCGAACGCAUCCCGAGAUCUACCCAGCACACAUCCACCGCCGCCGUCAUCAUCACCCCUACCCCGUCCACC